AUGGCUUGUGCUGCUCCAUUAAAUCGAUGUGCUACAUGUGAGACACUUGGUAAUGAACAGAAAUCUAAACCAGGUAUCCUAUUAUGCAUGGGUUGUCGAAAACACUUCUGCUCUAAACAUAUGAUUCAGCAUCGAGAGCAUCUAGCCGAUUUACUUGAAAAUGGCGUUGUCUGUGAAAGAAAUGCACUUCUAGAGAAAAUAUCAGCACCGUACGACGAACAGUGGUCUGCUACUAUCAAAGUACAACUGGAGACAAUCAAUAAUUGGGAAUUGGAUACAAUUGAACUAAUCAAGCAAUCUGCUAUGCGCGCACGUAAAGAACUACACGAAACAGCUUCGAAAGAAUAUGAGAACUUAAGUAAACAAUUCUCAAUGUUAUCGAAUGAGUUAAAUACACUACUCGAAAAUGAAAGUUAUUUCGAAAAUGAUAUUGAUCAAUUAAGAAAUAAAUUUAAUCAGUUAAAACACGACCUUGAACAAUAUCCAGUUGAGCUUAGUAUCAAUGGGAUUUCAAAUGAAUUAGUCGUCGUGAAAUCAAUCGUUCACCCAGUGCCUCCUAUUGUACCAUUGUGCUGUUUUAUUGAUCAGUUGAUCAUAUCACAAAAACCAAAGUUAUCUAUUGAUAUUCCCGCAAAAAUCCUUGGUCGAAUGUGUCCAAUGGGUGAUAACUCUAUUGGAUUUCAUUCUAAAAAACAGUUGCCUACUCUAAAUAUGAAAGAUCUCUGGUGGCAAAGCCUUUCGGUAAUAGGAAGUAAUGUCGAAUUAAAUUGGUCCGAUUAUUUAGAAUUAUUUUUAGUAUUAGAAUAUUGUGAUUGGAAAAAUCAACCGAAUAAACUUUAUCAGUUUGAUCCAUAUUCCGGAGAUCGUAAGGAACUUUUUAAAAAGUCGACUCACUGGGACAGUGAUUCGGAUGACAACUUUAGAACCUUUACAUGUUUUGAAGAGUAUAUUGUAAUCAUUCUUGGGAAAAAAAUUCAAACGUGGACAGUAACUGAUAGACUAUGGUACACUGAUGAAGAAUCUUGCACACGCUGGUGUCCGCCAAUCUCAUGUCAGAAAAAUGAGGACAUCCAAUGUAUUCGAAUGAAUGAUCAGUAUUAUGCACUUAUAAUUCAACAUACUGAUUUACCUUAUUUGGAAUUAAGAAAUCAUGGUAUGUCAACUCUUCAUCGAAUAAUUCUUGAUCAACAAGAUUUGCCUAAACGUAUGCGAUUACUCAGUUUGCCAAAUGCAUCUGGCUGGUUAAUUUUUUUUCGUAGGAAGACAAGCACUUGUUGUGUAUUCGAUAAUAAUGGUAAACGACACGAUCAGAAUUUUGUGAUGUCAUCAAAUAUCAUCGAUAUUACGACUCAGAAUGAUUUAAUUAUUAUUCGAAAGCGCGACGAGAAGUACGGUGAUGUCAUCCAAGUUUAUGACUGGCAGAAAUGA